UAUUUGGCUUUCGCUUUUUCGUUCUGGAAGUUCUAGUCCUAGGGUUUGUUUUCGGCGCAGGGUUUCGUUGCCGACCUUUUUCUCUUCCGGGUUUUUGUGUAUUUCGGAUGAGAUUGAACCCAAGAUCUUGUGAUUAGAAGUGAUUCUUACUAAGGUUGGAGAUUUAUUGCGGGAGAGUCUUCUUGGACAAUCUUGGAUUGUUGCAGACGAUUGACUGGUUUCGGAUUCUACAAUAAGGGCCGUUUACAGUUUUGAUUGCAUUGUCAAGGAUGUCUAGGUGUUUUCCUUAUCCUCCUCCGGGAUAUGAGGGGAAAAGUGAUGCCCUAGAUGAGGCCCUGAUCAAUUCGAUUAAGCUCCAGAAAGAAAAGAAGCCCAAAAAGGAAAGGAAGAAAGAGAAGAGGGAGAAGAAAGAAAAGAGGGGAGAGGGGGAGAAGAAAGCCAGGGAGAAAGGAUGUGUUGAAGAGAAACAACAGAAACAUGAGAAGAGGCACAAGAAUGAAAGGAGCAAGGUAGAACUUGAAGGAGAUCAUCCAAGAAGAGAAGAAGCAGAACACUUUGAGAAGAGUGGCCUUACCGAAGAACAUGGGCAGCCUGUCAGUUCCCAGAACUUGUAUGACUCUUCUGACAGCACUCAGAACAGCCACAAGAGAAAAAAGCACUGCUCGCCAUGUAGGAGCAACCAUAACCUUGGGAGCAUUCUUCGGAUCCGUUUGAAACCCAAAGAUCAAGAAACAUUCCCCAGCAAAGAGUUGCCCUGUUCAAAUUCUGGCAAGGCUGAUCACAUUUUGCAAGGGAAGUAUGAAAUUCCUCCAAGACUUUGUCAAGAGCAGCUCUAUUCUACGUCUGGGAGGCAGCAGCAAUGUUCUACCUCUGGAAGGGCUUUUGUUGCUGAACAAGAGAGUUUGAAACAGAAGGAUCGAGAAAUACCACCAAGAAAAGAGUUACCCCAAUCGAAUUUGUUGAAUGCUGGACCUGUUUUGCAAGGGAAGUACGGAAUUUCUCCAAGACUUGGCGAAUUGCAGAGCUGUUCUACCUUGGAAAAGGCUACUGUUUUGCGAGAAGGUUGUGAAUAUGAUCCAAGGCCCAUGGGAGAACAGACUUGUUCCACAUCUGGAAGAGUGGGUGUACAAGUUUUAGACAUUGCUGAAAGUUCUCACAGAUCCAGCAGAAAGCUGAAGAAGAUAGAGGCACAAUAUAGAGAAUUGAUCGAAAAUUGGGUUCCUCCUAUUAUUCAGAGUUCUCUUCCUGAUUUUGAUGAUCAGGAAUGGCUCCUUGCGACACAAUCUAAAACAGAGCGAGAGGCGAAAAGAUUUAAACCAAGUAAUGAUGGAGUUCGUCAAGGAAGCUCUAGUCUGUGGCCACAAGCGUGUUAUUUACCCGAGGCUGCUAUAUAUGCGUUGCCUUACACGGUACCUUUUUGAAGCUGGUUUGUUCCUGCGGGCAAAUUAUGGGGCGUGGCUUUAUUUUCCCCCCAGCUUGUGCCCAAACGUGGUGUGGAACUCUAUUUUUUCAUCAAUACAAUUUUAUCCAUGAGAUAUCAAAAAA